AACUUCACAUGGAACGACGACGGAUCCGUGUACUCCGACUAUGAGGGUACUGGCAAGAUGAUUCCUUCGCAGAUCCCUUACUCGGUAUUGCUUCAUGGACCCAUCGUCGGCGACCCAUUUCCGCGCGGCGACCUCGCGCCUCGGGCUGUAACCAAGGACUACUUCGACCAACUUUGCCCUGAUAAGGUCGACCUUGAUAGGAGCAGAAUCCACGCAACGCUCUCGGAUGUGAACUCUGCGCAGGAAAUGACCGAGAAGUGGGCGACCACCCUGAAAGGUAUGCAGGAGCCCUGCGUGCAGGCCUCACGGGGAUCGGGACCCAUAUUCAGCCACCACGAUGUCUGGGGAGUCCGGUCGUCACUUCUCGAUAUCUGGCCCGACCUGGUGCGCUCCCCGAUGUUCACCCACUUCGGCUGGUCACCACUAGUAGAACUCGCGUCUGACAACAACCACGACCUCUUCGUCCCCUCCUCCACCGUCGUCCCGCACCUCUCCAGCAUGUCCUACACGACCAACGCCGAGCGCUACGCCCCGAUCCCCGGACUCAUGGUGCUCCACGUGCGCAAAGGCGACUACGCGACGCACUGCCGCACGCUCGCGAUGUGGUCGGAAGACUUCGUGAGCGUCGACGCGUUCCCGGACAUGAUGGACCCCUUCACCGUGCCCCCGCACACCGAGUACGGGAACAACACGCCGGAGAACGUGGAGAUCUACCGCAAGCGGUGCCUGCCGACCAUCCAGGAGAUCACGGCAAAGGUCGCGCAGGUGCGCGCGACCUCCGCCGCGCAUGGGGUGCGGCGGCUGUACAUCAUGACGAACGGCCGCCCGGAGUACCUGCGCGACCUCAAGGACGCGUUGUGGACGCUCGGCGGAUGGGAAAUGAUCGCGACUAGUCGUGACCUCGUACUCAACUGGGAGCAGAAGUAUGUCUCGCAGGCGGUGGAUAUGCUCAUCGCACAACGGGCGCAGAUACUGCUCGGGAACGGGUUCUCGACAUUGACGUCAAACGCAGUCAUGAUGCGCUUGGCAAACGGCUUCCCUAGAGAGAGCACGCGCUUCUGGUAG